GACGUGUAAACGGAACUCCCCACCCAAUUCCAAAGUCUCUUUACUCCCACACACGCUCCCCUCCAUGUAAUCUUUUCUUCUCUUCCUCCUCCUCCUCGUCCCCUUCACACGCAAAAAAGAUACCAAAAUCAUUAGGAAGAACGAAAGAAGAAGAAGAAGAAGCAGACAGACUUGGAAAUUACAAAGAGAAACAUAACAAGAAGAAGAAUAAGAGAGAGGCCAAAUUGAAGGAGGUGAAGGGGAAGCAUUUUUGUCUACUGUUUGUGUACUGUAUCAUUUUCUUCAUCUAUGAGCAAAGAGCUCAUUGAAAUGAGCUCCCGAUGGUCGGAGGAACCCAGCAGUGAUACCCCGGAGCUGCCGCGGUCAAAGUCCGUAGAAACUCCUAGUCCUCAGGAGGACAGGACUGAAAAAGAGGAGCCCGAGAUCUUGUCUCUAGUAUCCGAUGCGCCGAAGGACGAUUCGAUAUGGCCGGGUGAAAUGGCCUCGACGAUGAGUCCAUUGAUGGUUGGUGGUGGUGUCGAUGAUGCCUUUGGGAAGGAGGAGUGGCCUGUGUUGAAGCUGGAGGACAAUGGCCGCGAGAGGCUGAAGAGGCAUAGGACCGAGGUGGCGGGCCGGGUGUGGAUACCGGAUAUAUGGGGCCAGGAGGAUCUGCUCAAAGACUGGGUGGACUGCUCCGUGUUCGAUGCGCAGUUGAUGUCAGGCAAGAUCAUGUCAGCUCGGGCGGCCCUCGUCGAGGAGGGGCGGAGGGCCAACACGGGCGGGUUACGAAUAGAGAACAGGUGUUGAUUUUUUAUUUUUAUUUUUAUUUUUCCUCUCCUGUUAAUUUCCAUUUUUCUCACCCCAAUGGAAAGGAAAAAAAAAAAUUGAAAUUUCAUGUUGCCUUUUUUUUUUUUUUUUUGGGGAACCACUGUGAGGGAAGACUAUGUAUUUCUCCCCCUUCUUGUUAUAUAUAUUUGUGAUGAAAUACUAUUUUUCCUGAUGAAAGAGAUGGCCAGAAAAUUUUAUGA